GAUAUAUUAGUAUUGUUAAACACUCUAUCUGAGCCGUUGCGAUACAGAUCCUGCUCUGUCUGACUCCAGCUAGCACAUCACACCUGCGGCCCCGAGUAAGCCUAAGGAAGAAUGUCCGCCAUCACCCCUCAAAAGCGGUAUGAGCCCAAGGACUCCAUCACACUAGGCUUCUCUGCAGCAGGCAUGUCUGCCAUUGUUGGCACAGUCGUCUCUGCCGCGCAAAACUCACUCGGCAAGCACAACUUUGGUGCCAUGGGUAUCUUUACACGGUCCGGCGCGACCAUUGCUCUUUUCGCAACAGCCGGUGGUCUCUAUGCCUUUGGAGAAGCAGCUUCUUCCAAUCUACGGGAAACAAAUGAUGCCUGGAACCAAUUCUACGGUGGUGCACUCGCAGGUGCGACAGUGGGUGUGUAUAAACGCACCAUUCCGGCAGUUGUUGGGUAUUCUGCUGGUGUCGCCGUGCUCAUGGGCUUGUUUGGCUGGAGCGGUGGUCAUAUCGGAGGCAUCUAUGCGCAUAUGGAUAAGAAGGAGAAGGCGGAGUGGGAGAAGACCUUCUUUGCCAAUGAGAGGAGAUUGCCGCGGAGUGAAGUCCUGGAGAAGCUGAGUGCGGCCCCGAAGUAGAGUGCCUUGCUGCUUUCUGAGGCUCUGUAUGCAUCCUAUAGAAGCCGUCUCUAUCUUGCUAUGAGCCCUCUUCCCGUAGACUCACAAGUCUUUCCCAUG